AUGGCAGACAUUGAAGCUCCUUUUGGAAGCUCCAUGCAUGGAGUAACUGGCAGAGAACAAAGCUUUGCCUUUUCUGUGGCUACGCCUGAUACUGUCCCUGCUGAAACCUCAGCAAAUUUUGCUUUGCCAGUGGAUUCUGAGCACAAGGCAAAAGAAAUCAAGAUCUUCUCUUUUGCUCAGCCCCACAUGAGAUCUUUCCACCUUGCCUGGAUCUCAUUCUUCACCACUUUCAUCUCAACUUUCGCCGCUGCUCCUCUGGUUCCCAUCAUCCGGGACAAUCUUGACCUAACCAGAGCAGACAUAGGCAAUGCUGGAGUUGCUUCUGUCUCGGGAAGCAUUUUCUCCAGGCUAGUAAUGGGAGUAGUCUGUGAUCUGAUCGGGCCGCGAUACGGCUGCGCUUUUGUUAACUUGUUAGUAGCUCCUGUUGUUUUCUCUGUUGCAUUUGUGUCUUCAGCCGAAGGAUACAUAGCCGUGAGGUUCAUGAUUGGAUUUUCAUUGGCUACGUUUGUGUCUUGCCAAUAUUGGACUAGUAUUAUGUUUAAUAGUAAGAUUAUAGGGCUUGUUAAUGGUGUUGCAGCAGGAUGGGGUGACAUGGGAGGCGGUGUUACCCAACUUCUCAUGCCUUUUCUUUUUCAACUGAUUAAAAUGGUGGGUGCCACCCCAUUUACUGCCUGGAGGAUUGCCUUUUUCAUCCCUGGAUGGCUUCAUAUUAUCACAGGGAUUAUGGUCUUGACCCUUGGCCAAGAUUUGCCUGAUGGUAAUCUCAGUACGCUCCAGAAGAGAGGUGAUGUCCACAAAGACAAAUUUGCCAAAGUGUUUCGUCAUGCAGUCACAAAUUACAGAACGUGGAUAUUUUUUCUCAUCUACGGCUUCUCCAUGGGAGUUGAGCUAUGCAUAAACAAUGUUAUUGCAGAAUACUUUUUUGACAGGUUUAACCUGAAGCUACACACUGCGGGAAUCAUAGCAGCAAGCUUUGGCAUGGCCAACUUCGCUACUCGUCCUUUCGGAGGAUUUGCCUCAGACUUUGCGGCAAGAAAAUUCGGCAUGAGGGGUCGGCUAUGGGUUCUUUGGAUCGUCCAAACCCUGGGAGGAGUCUUCUGCAUCUGGCUUGGUCGCGCCAAUUCACUUCCGCUAGCAAUUUUAGCCAUGAUCCUCUUCUCUAUUGGAGCUCAAGCCGCAUGCGGGGCAGCAUAUGGAAUCAUCCCCUUCAUUUCUCGACGAUCCCUCGGCCUAAUCUCCGGCCUAACCGGUGCAGGUGGAAAUUUUGGAGGUGGAUUGACCCAACUAGUCUUUUUCUCAAGCUCGACAUUUUCCACAGCCACAGGCCUAACUUGGAUGGGUGUCAUGGCGGUGGCGUGCACUCUUCCUGUGGCGCUUGUCCACUUUCCACAGUGGGGAAGCAUGUUUUUUCCAGCUUCAAAAGAUGCAAAGUAUAGUGAAGAAUAUUACUAUGAAUCAGAGUGGAAUGAGGAUGAGAAACAAAGAGGGCUGCACCAUGGGAGUCUCAAGUUUGCUGAGAAUAGCAGAUCAGAACGUGGGAAGAGGCAGGUGAUUGCUUUAGCGGCAACACCUCCUCAUUCCACACCUAACCAUGCGUGA